AGAGGCGAGGCCGGACGGCCUCUAGGUGACUCGCGCCUGCGCGGUGGCCCCGCAACAGCGCCGCGGGCUGGGACUCCGGUGAAGCUCCCCCAAGAGGUCUCGACGGGUGCUCGCUCGGGCGUUUCGCGACGGUCGCUGGGUCCGGUCCGACGCCCUGCUGAGCCAUGAGCAAGUGCGCGGAGGCGGCGGCGGUGGCGGCCACGGUGCCGGGCGCGGGCAUGGGGCAAGCCGGGCUGCGGCCGUCCAUGGUGCCCCGCCAGGCGUCCUUCUUCCCGCCGCCGGUGCCCAACCCGUUCGUGCAGCAGACACGGAUGGGCGCGGCGAGUCGCCUCCAGAUUUUCUUUCUUGGAAUUAUCCUGCUUCCAAUCCGUGUCUUACUGGUUGCAUUAAUUAUAUUACUGGCAUGGCCAUUUGCUGCAAUUUCAACAGCAUGCUGUCCUGAAAAGCUGACCCAUCCAAUAACUGGUUGGAGGAGGAAAAUUACUCAACAAGUUUUGAAGUUUCUGGGUCAUGCCAUGUUCUUAUCCAUGGGAUUCAUGGUUACUGUGAAAGGAAAGGUGGCAAGUGCUGCGGAGGCACCAAUUUUUGUCGCUGCCCCUCAUUCAACAUUCUUUGAUGGGAUUGCCUGUGUCGUAGCUGGGUUACCUUCCAUGGUGUCUCGGAACGAGAACGCACAGGUCCCUCUGAUUGGCAGACUUUUACGAGCUGUGCAGCCAGUGCUGGUGUCCCGUGUAGAUCCGGAUUCUCGAAAAAACACAAUAAAUGAAAUAAUAAGGCGAGCAACAUCAGGAGGACAGUGGCCGCAGAUACUAGUUUUCCCAGAAGGUACUUGUACUAAUCGUUCCUGUUUGAUUACUUUUAAACCAGGGGCCUUCAUUCCAGGGGUUCCCGUGCAGCCGAUCCUCCUUAGGUACCCGAACAAGCUGGAUACCGUGACGUGGACAUGGCAAGGAUAUACAUUCAUUCAGCUCUGUAUGCUCACUUUCUGCCAGCUCUUCACAAAGGUGGAAGUUGAGUUUAUGCCUGUUCAAGUACCAAAUGAUGAAGAAAAAAGCGAUCCCAUCCUUUUUGCCUGUAGAGUCCGGAGUCUAAUGGCAGAAGCUUUGGGAAUUCCAGUAACAGACCACACCUAUGAAGACUGCAGAUUAAUGAUCUCAGCAGGACAGCUAACAUUGCCCAUGGAAGCUGGGCUGGUGGAAUUUACCAAAAUUAGCCGGAAAUUAAAGUUAGACUGGGAUAGCAUUCGUAAGCAGUUGGACGAGUACGCAACCAUUGCCUGUUGUUCCAAAGGAGGAAGAAUCGGAAUUGACGAAUUUGCAGAGUAUUUAAAGUUGCCUGUUUCAGAUGUCUUGAGACAACUCUUCGCACUCUUUGACAGGAACCAUGAUGGCAGCAUUGACUUCCGAGAGUAUGUGAUUGGCCUGGCUGUCCUGUGUAACCCUGCCAACACGGAGGACAUCAUCCAAAUGGCAUUUAAGCUCUUUGAUGUUGAUGAAGACGGCUUCAUCACAGAGGAAGAGUUUUCCACCAUUUUGCAGGCCUCCCUUGGGGUGCCUGACCUGGAUGUUUCCGGUCUCUUCAAGGAAAUAGCCCAGGGGGAUUCUGUUUCGUAUGAGGAAUUUAAAAGUUUUGCCCUAAAGCAUCCACAAUAUGCGAAGAUAUUUACAACCUACUUAGACCUCCAGACGUGCCAUGUGUUUUCAUUACCAAAAGAAGCCCAGGCAGCUCCCUUGAUCGCCAGCAAUAAAGUCAGUCCCGAAAAUCACGAGAGCACCUCAGACAAAAAGGAUGAUUAAAAGCAAGUAUUCACAAGGAAAGUCAUUUACUUGAAGUUGUAAAGGCAUUUAUUGAUAGCAUUUUCAGUGUGACUUUUGA